CCUGCGCGUUACAUCGCAACUCCUUCACGUGCCGUCGCGAUCAUCCUCAUUUUUAACAGGCUCGUAUCAUUUUUCCAGGAGCUCCGACUCCUGCGACAUUAGACUUAAAAUUCCAUUAGUAGCCUUGCGUCGCCAUCUCAGGUCAGGUCGGCGAUGAUCACCCGCGAGGAACUCGCUCAAAGGAUCUCCGAGGUCUCCGAAAGCUGCCUGUCGGUUCUCUCGCCGACGACCGUGCAGCAGGACAAGAUACUGAAUAAGAUCACAAGGAUCGUCCGGGACGCGACGAAGGAGCAAUUGCUGUCGUAUAAUCCGCGCGCUCUCGUCAUGUGCAUGCUGAAGAUCAUGCUGCGCUAUGAGGAUCUACUGCGCGAGGACCGGCUGUGCAAGUGGAAGCGCCGGCGGCGAUUCCGGCUAGCGCGGGACUGCUACCAUGACCUCCUGAGGAUCUACCUGCCGGAGAGGUCGCGGGAUGUCGUGGAGGCGGUCGUAGAGACCGUCUAUCGGGACCGGCUCUGGGAGUUCGAGACCUUCUGCCACGAGGUGAUAUGCAGCCUGCUGGACAUCAGCGCGGCCAACGGUGGUCUGAUCACCCACGCGAUCUGGGACAAGCUGCUGGAGACGUCGAAGGAGGAGGAUACAUUCGGCGUCGAAGACGCUCGAGGUGUCAUCCGGGUGCUGCAGGAGCUGUUGGAUGUGCACGAGUGGCCCGCGACGGAAGACACCUUGGCGACCGUGGAUAGAAUUCUCGAGCUCUUCUACACCAGCAUAGUAAAUUCUCGGUCUGUGACGACCACCUCCAGGGAAGAGUUCACCUCGUCGGCACCGUUUCUCGCGAGCCUCAAGAAGAGCCUAGAGGUAUGCUUGCGGAACACGAUCAAGCACUUGCCGAACGAACAUCUGCUGUUGCUCGUGCAGCGCAUGUGCUCGUGGACGGUGGCUGCCGCCUCGGCUGCGAACGACGAGAUUGUCUUGGAGUUCGGCAGCACCCUGGAGUAUGCCGCUUACAUGCACCGGACGGGCCUCUAUGAGCACACCCUCACACCGGCGAUCUUCCCACUGUUGAUGCAAAUGGUGGGUUCAGCUAGUCGGCUGACUAGUCUGCUGGGCAACCGGGUGCUGCAGUACUUAUUGGAUCGCAGGGACAACCGGGUGCUCUUCGACACGCCCAGGCUCUUCUUCGAACACACGCACGUUGACCUGCGUAUCGCGGUAUGCCGCAAAGAGGACCGAGUGUUUCUCAAGCUGCACCGCGAGUCACUGCACGACAGUCUGCUGAGGAGUCUGCUGAUCCACUCAGAGUCGCGGAUGAACCUCGAGACGACCUAUUGCACGGUGUGCCUCAUCGCCGUCGAGAUCCCCUGCGGCUUCACCGCCGCCACCUUGGUCUGCCUCGCCAUGAACCUGCAGGAGAUCACCCUGCAGCAACAGAAGAGCAGCACGAACAUCCCGACCUUCCACAUACACGCCACGAUCAUUUCCGUGAUGUCUCUGUUGUGUUGGAUACACCAGGCCAAGGUGUUCUACAGCUACGUGAACAGGAUCAUGAUGGAGCGGGCGAAGUGGGCGCCGCAUUUAAACCCGCCCGUCCAGUCUCAGUACAGCUUCGCGGUGCACCACGUACUCUGGAAGAAGCCGGAACUGUUCUUCGUCGACUGGCAAACGCGCUACGGCCUCUGGAAGUGCUUCCGUCUCGGCGACAAAGCCUCGUUAAUCGAUGAAUUGUAGGUCCUUCAAUUGUUCACCGGAAUUCAGAGGUCUGCAACCUUGAGGACUCGUAGGAGCAGGCUCUCGCAAAUAAAGCCCACGAAAAACAGGAUUUAGAGACAGAGGAAGUCUAGGAAGCAGGACUAAGUAUUUAUUUGUGGAAAAGUACAUGGAAUCAAGAAGUUAGGCUACUUAAUUUAUCUAAAAAUUCCUAAUCUAAAUCUAAGGAUUUGAGAAGUCAGCGAUUGUAUUCGGUACUUAAUAGAUUAUUGUGCAGAAAAAAUUAGCUAGAACUUUUUAUAUUCUUUAUAUGUACGUAUUUUUUCUGUCGCUUUAUUAUUGUAGUAAAAAAUUAUAUUCUGCAAUUUUUUAUUAUUACUAUUACUAUUAAAUCAGGAAAAAGAGGAAAUGGACCAGUAUGG